AUGAUCGUUCCGGAUCUUACAGGUCUCAGCAAUGCGAAUGACAGGAACGACACAGCGCCCGAUACUACGGAGGUCAUAGCAAAUGUGUCAAAGGCCAAAGCAUUUGGCAGGGUGGGCAGGUUGAUAGACACCACCAAUACGAAGUCGAACAGUCCAGAUCGAUCAGUACAAGCGAAGAAUGAGCAGCUGAAAGGACUACCUUAUAAGCAAGCUUGCGCCAGUGGGACAGCGUUCUAUGCUUGCGGUAACGGCUUUAUUGGAUGCUGUGCGGUGGAUCCUUGCAGUCCUGGAGCUGCAGGUGGAUGCCCUACGCAGAAGGCAACAAUCACGACCGCGGUUGCUACCACGUCCUCGUCAUCGUCCUCGAGCAACACUUCUUCAAGUCAAAGUACCGGUACCGCCACAGGCAAGGCUUCUACAAGCCAGGCAACUGCCCUAACAACAAGCAGUGCUACUUCAAGCGGACUUUUGACAGCUUCUCACACUCCUACUUCUACUGCUGUCACGACCUCAGGCAACCCUGUCCUUGGUACACCUAUACCACAGUGUCCGGGAGCGAACAACACUCUUUACACGGACAACUCCAAGAUCCAGUACCAGAUUCACUGCAACGCCGACAAUUCGCGUUCUUCCGACAACAAUAUCACCGUGGGUACAGGCGGUUAUGCUCAAUGCUUUUCAGCCUGCUCCGUUUCGACGACAUGUGCUGGCUUUACCUAUGUCGGUUUAGACUCUGGCAACUGCUUUUUGAAGCCUGCCAUGCCCAACAACGCAUAUCUGCAGAAGUCACAAAGCAACUACAUCUCUUGCUCUAAGAUCAACGCUUCAGCUGCAGCGCCUGUACCAGGUAUUAGUGGUACAAGCACUCCGAAGUCGUCUGGCGCAAGUAACAUAGGUGUAGUCGUCGGUGGUGUGGUCGGCGGCGUAGCUGGACUGGCCCUAGUAUUGGUAGCUAUCGCGCUGAUAGCUCGAUGGCGUCGUUCGAAGGUCGAGAAUAGUCGUACCAGCGAAGCACAUAUCAUCCACGGGCCUCUCGAAUCACACGACAUGACUACGAUGACCGCUGGCCCAGCUUAUGGUCACGGAAGAUCCGGCAGCACCGCACACGACGCCUUUGCCACUUAUGGAGGUUCCGAAGCAUGUAUCAGCAGCGGUAUGGCGAGCAACAAUGGGUCUGACCAGCGAGCUGAAGUCUGCUACCGACGACCCUCUAAUCCGAGUUCCGAGGGCCUGGUACCCGACCAUCCGCCACCGCCACCGCCCUUACCUCACCCUGUCGAGCCCCACAAUGAUGGCUUCUUGCCAUCUUCUGUAUACUCGCAGCCCAGCAACCCUUCUACAGACACACUCAAGUGGCUUGAAGGCACCCUACUAAAGCGUCCUGUCUCAACAUCUUCAAGCGCAAAAUCACCACGGUUCUACGAGCAUCUUGAUAAGUCGGGAGAUGCUCCCCGACCACUUUUCCACCGUGCUGGCUCAUCGGAGGAUGCACCGCCACCUACGGAUUCCCCUACACUCGGCAAGACUCCUGAUCAAUCAAAGCGGGCGCCAGGUAGUCAACUCGCGGACCGUGUGCGCCGGAGACAAUACCUGGCCUCGCAGAAGUAA